GCUGUGAUGGUCGCUGCACGUCGGCUCCUCUCGCGGCUUCCGUGCGCAACGGUGACAGCUCUACGUUGACUCCUCUCAUGGCUUCCGAGCGCGUUGAUGACCACUCUACGUCGACUCCUCCAAUGGCUUCCACGUGCGGCUCUACAUCGACUCGCUACUUCGGUCGACUCUAAACGCGGCUUCCAUGAGUGGUGGCGACUGCUCAUUGUCAGCAGGUAUUUCUACCUCGACCUUCUUCCGCUUUGUCACUGUCUGCGUGUGAGAUUGUGCAACUGCGAUGCCUGUUUGCUGCUUGGGAUUCUUCACCGACAGGUUCUACAGGUUCUGUGACUGACUCUUCGUGCACUGAGAAACCACCUUCUCAUCAUUCAGGACGUCGCAUGGGUGCCCUGCUUGGUGCUGGCCCUUGACGCUCUGAUGGUCUCUGGGAGCUUGACUGGCUUCGUCUUCACUCCGCUGCCACCGCCACUAGUCCCGCAGCCCCUAUUGCAUUGCUGCAUCUACCAGCUCUUUUCAGCAGUGGCAUCAUCGUCUUGGCCAUCUAUGUGGUUCUCGUCUCUCAUCUUUGGUUCAUGACGGUGUUCUGGGGUCUGUCUCCGAGAACGAUUGGUUAGAUUGUCUGGGUUGUAGGCUUGAUGCAGCUGGUGAGUAUAUCUCCUAUGCUGCGAGGAUUCCUUGCUGAGCAGGAUACUCUUACUCGGUUCUCUCGCCCUGGUGCUCAUGCUCAGAAUGGUGUGGUUGAGCGCAAGCAUCAUCACCUUCUUGAGACGGCGCGUGCGAUGAUGAUCGCGGCUUCUUUUCCACCUCACUUUUGGGCUCAGGCUGUUACCACUUCCACCCAUCUCAUCAACAUUCAACCAUUUGCUGCUCUACAGGGUACCAUAUGGCGUGCAUUUCAAGUAUAAUUACUUUGUUCGAGAGGAAAAAAAUUCCUCUAAUGACAUCAUAUGGAGGCCUGGACCUGAGUGCUCCUUAUCGAUACCUUCUGUUAGCCAGAAAAAUCAUGUCAUCCUUGUAAAAGAUCAGUGGAUGGAAACCAGUGUGGCAGGUAUUUCCUCUCCUUCCUGGGGAUCGUGGCUGAUGGAAGCUGAUUCUGUUGAAGAUCAAAUUGCUGAGAGAGGGAAGCGUGAGAGCAUUGUGAAAGCCCACUCUGUUAUAGAUAUGGACGGAGCUUCAUCUGUAGGUGAGCAUAUUAUAAUGAGACUUUGGAAUGGCACACCUUUAGAUUCAGUCAGUCCAUCCAUCAGUGUGCAUGAUGAUUUUGCUGCAGCUGAUAAACCAAAUGCAAUUAAAGUAAGUGUAAACCAACAUGAGAUAAAUCAGCCUGUUGAGGAGCCAUGGGUUCUUGGACCUAUCGUCUCAGCAAAGAACUCUGUUGCACAAGUGAAACGCAAGAAAGACAGAAGGAAGUUUUUAAAUACGGAAAAGGAUUCAGGUGAAAUAACUGAAAACAUGCCUGAACAGGAUCAGCCUGUGGAGGAGCCAUGGUUAUUUCAGUCUUGGGUGACAACAAACAGAGCUGGUGUUAUAUCAAAACGGAAAGUAGAAGCAAAGGGUAUUAUGAAAAGGUUAAAAGAAUUUGACAAACCCUCAGCAGCUUCUGAGAAGGAUAUGCCCGCCAGUGGUGAACCGCCAAGAGUCAUAUUAAUUAACUCCUCUAUCUGCAGUACACAGAGAAUUGCAGUAUUGGAAGAUGGGAAAUUAGUUGAACUCUUGCUGGAGCCCAUAAAAAACAAUGUACAUUGUGACAGUAUUUAUUUAGGUAUAAUAACAAAACUUGUGCCUCAUAUGGGAGGUGCUUUUGUCGACAUUGGAAUUUUGAGACCUUCACUCAUGAGCAUAAAGCAAAACCGUGAUCCAUUUGUGUAUCCUCAAAUUGUCAAGGAUAUUAAAGGAGGUUCUGCUAAUGAUUCUGGUUAUAACGAUGAGAGCCUUCUGACAUACGAUGAUGAUGAUGAUGUUGAUGAUGAUAUGGCUGACAACGAGUUUGCAGAUGAAGAAAAUGACGAUGAUUCAUUAACAUUUCUGGCUCAGAAUGUUAAGGAAAAUGAAGAAGGCUUGGACAUUGUGUCCCAUUCUAAUAUAAAGAAGAUUGAUGGUGCUGAAUUUGAAAAUGUCUCUGGUUGGGAUGAUGAAAUUGAUGAUCACGUGGAAGAUGAAUACAAUGAUGAUCACUCACCAGGAGAUCGGUCAGAGAUCUGCAAUGAUAUUAAGACGUUAUCUUCCAUUCAGCAUGCUUUGAGGGAAUCUAACGAUGAUACAAAUGGAUGUAGGUGGUCUCAAGUUCGCAAGGGCACAAAAAUCAUGGUUCAAGUUGUCAAGGAGGGAUUGGGCACGAAAGGUCCAACACUGAGUCCCUUUCCAUGCUUAAGAAGCCGAUUUUGGAUAUUGGUCUCUCGUGGCAACAAAGUUGGAGUUUCAAAAAAGAUUACUGGGAUAGAACGCACCCGGUUGAAGGGCAUUACAAAGUUAUUACGACCUCCUGGAUUUACUCUGACGGCUCGUACAGUUGCCGCUGGCCAUUCUUGGGAGGAGUUAAACAAGGACCUUGAUCGGUUGUUAUCUACCUGGAAAGGAAUAACUGAACAUGCUCAAUCUGCUGCCCUAGCUGCCGAGGAGGGUGUGGAAGGUGCUAUUCCUGUUAUGUUGUAUAGAUCAAAGGGCCAGGCUCUAUCUAUUGUUCAAGAUGAUUUUAAUGAGAAGGUCAAGAGGUUGGUUGUGGAUUCUCCUCGCACCUACCAUGAGGUUACGGGCUAUCUCCAAGAGGUUGCACCUGAGCUCUGCAAUCGAGUCGACCUCUACGAGAAAAGAACUCCCAUAUUCGAUGAAUUUAAGAUUGAAAAGGAGAUCGACAAUAUUCUCUGCAAAAGGGUUGUGCUACAGAAUGGGGGUUCUUUAAUUAUAGAACAGACUGAAGCUCUAGUUUCCAUUGAUGUGAAUGGUGGCCACAGCAUGUUUGGUCAAGGGACGUCGCAGGAGAAGGCUAUUUUAGAUGUCAAUCUUGAAGCUGCAAAGCAAAUUGCUCGCGAGCUGCGCUUGAGGGAUAUUGGUGGCAUCAUUGUUGUUGAUUUUAUCGACAUGACGGACGAUUCAAACAAAAGAUUAGUCUAUGAAGAAAUGAAGAAAGCAGUAGAAAAGGACCGCUCAACCGUUGGUGUUUCAGAAUUGUCAAAGCUAGGUUUGAUGGAAAUAACUAGAAAAAGGGUUCGACCAAGUGUUACUUUCAUGAUCAGCGAGCCUUGUCCAUGUUGCCAUGGUAUUGGUCGUGUUGAAGCUCUUGAUACGUCCUUUUCUAAGAUAGAACGUGAAAUCUGUCGACGCCUGGCCGUCUCUGGUCAUAAAUCAGAUCCAGAGAAACCAAAAUCGUGGCCAAGAUUUUUGCUUAGGGUGGACCAUGAGAUGUGCACGUACUUGACAUCAGGCAAAAGGACUAAAUUAGGGAUCCUUAGUAGCUCCCUCAAAGUUUGGAUUUUGUUGAAGAUUGCUCGAGGUUUUACACGGGGUGCAUUUGAAUUGCUACCAUAUUCUGAUCAGAAGGACACAGAUGAGCAGAAGGAAUUAUCACCAGAGUCACCACCUCCAAGGGAAGCAGGAAGACCGAGACUGUCUGUUUUUCCUAUAAAGAAAUGGAUGAGCCGUGCAAAGCGAGCCAAGUGAAUAUCUUGCAAAGAUGAGACGAACUUUUUUUCAAAGAGCUGAACUGAAUCCCAGAUUGACAAGGGGUGAUUUUCCGAGGGCUUUGCUGUGUUCCAACGGUGAUCCCAACAGCGGAUAUUCAUGUUUGCCUGGCUAAAGUUUGGGCAACUACUGUCCUUGAUUUUGUAGUUGCCACUCAGUGAAGUUUAACGUGAAAUGUGGGAAGAUUGUAGGACGCAAUGAAAUUAGAUUGUGUGAAAGCUGUGGGGGCAGAGCAUAGUUACGUAGUUGUUGUAUCACCCUAGUCAGAUUUUUUGUUUAUUUAUUCAAUCAUUGUUAAAAUAUGAAAUGAUAGGAUUCGGAACAAAGACGCAGAAUAAACAAUUUUACUGUUAAAUAUCAUAUGGCGGCGAGCCGCCCUUGCUGGCGGGUGAUCA